AUGAAGGUCUACGAUACACUACAACAUCUUAUUGAAAACAUCAAUGAUGAUACUCCUGCAAUUGACGCUGCGUGCAUUUUUUACCAAUCGGCUGAUGUUGCAGCACUUUUGAAGGAUGAGGUGAUGAAAUUCUACAUGGUGCUUGUUGGCUAUCAGUCAGGUAUCUUUUUGAGUUGGCUGGAGUGCAAUGCCUCUGUAUCAGGCUUUUCAAUACCAGUCUUCAAGAAGGAACACAAUCUUCAAGAUGCUCUGGAAUGGAUUAUCACCAAAGGUCACCGUCUUGGCAAUGCCAGAGACCUAGCCAGUCCGGCGGGACCUAGCUUGACGUUUCCCCGUCUUUCUUUAAAUGAUGAUAGGGAUGUGCCAUCCAGCCCUCAUAUAUCUCUCACAUCACCAGCUUCAACCAGGGAGAUGACGCCGUCCAACCCUUGUACCCUUCCGGCAAUAUCAGCUUCAACCAGGGUUGUGCUAUCCAGCCCUCGUGCCUCUCCGCUAACACCUCAUGUCCCUUCAGCUUGUGCUUGGAAGAAGCCAGCUGCAACUUCAAGAUCUACUACCAUAUUAUCUCCUGAAUCCCCUCUGCUAUAUCAGUAUCUGCGGGAGAUUGAUGGUAUCUACGGGGAGCUUUGCCAGCCACUCUUCAAUGACACACCAAUGCUGUCAUUUGGGCUGAUGGCUGAUUGGUACUUGCAAGCACAUGGAUACAUGGCAAAAGCAAUCCUGCACAUCACAUGUGCUCACAACUCAAGUGCCUCAUGCAUUGAAUUUGUAAAGGCUGUUACUGACGGCAUGCCUAUCGCAGAAGCUCAUUUUCUCUGGGGACUCAUUACCUGUGAUAAUGCCUUCACAGAUAAAAGACUUUAG